AUGGAUUUCACUUUUGGGGGCAAAUACAAGGUGGAGGAGGUCAUUGCAAAGGGCGGCUGUGGCGAAGUAUUCCAAGGUGUUCACACAAUUGCGGGCAAGGAGGUGGCCAUCAAGCUCGAACCAGCAAUAGCAAAAUCUAGCCCUCUCAAGCAAGAAUCGAAGAUCUACAAAACACUGUCCGGUGGACCUGGUGUCCCUUGGAUAAUGUGGUCUGGAAAGCAGGGCGAUUAUAACGUCAUGGUCAUUGAUCUUCUUGGCCCCUCGCUUGAACAGCUCUUUGAUAUGUGCAACAACUACUUCUCGCUCAAGACAAUACUACUUCUUACUGACCAAUUGAUAUCUCGGAUUGAAUACAUUCACUCCCGAGACCUCGUCCAUCGUGACAUUAAGCCAGCCAACUUCGUCAUACCCAAAUCUGACCAAGACGGGGACGACCUUGUCAACAUCAUUGAUUUCGGUCUCGCAAAGAAGUUUAGGGAUCCUCGAACAAGUGAACAUAUUGCUUACAAGCAGGAUGGCUAUCAUGGUGUUGGUACAUGUCUCUUUGCAGCCAUUAAUACCCAUCUUGGCAUAGAGGCUUCUCGUCGUGAUGACCUCGAGUCGCUCGCCUACAUGCUCAUUUAUUUUCUUCGUGGCUCUCUUCCGUGGCGAAAGAUCAAGGCACCCACCACUGAUGAAACAUGGGACCUCAUUCGUGAUAGGAAAGUAGAAAUGCAAGAUCUGCUUACUGUUGGCCUCCCAGCAGAGUUCGACAUUUUCUACAAGUACACGCGAAGUUUAUCCUUUGAAGACCUUCCCGAUUAUGACGGCAUUCGUGCUCUAUUCCGCGGGCUAGCGGAGCGACACAGAAUUGCAUAUGACGGUGUAUUUGAUUGCUUCCUUUCGUGUGAUCACACGCCGUAUCUUCAACGCUCUCCUACGCACUUGUCGCCAUUAUAUGCAGGCGAGAUGACUACACCUAUGGGUAUUUAUUCACAAGGUGAAAGAAUUCUGUGCUAUCACGGACCCCUGGUAUAUGAGGCGAAAAUCAUCAAAAUCGAACAUUGGGACGAGACGACCACGAAAAUGGGCACAGUUGGUCCACACUAUUUUGUCCACUACAAAGGAUGGAAGCAAACAUGGGAUGAAUGGGUGCAACCUGCCCGGCUCAUGAAGUACAAUGAGUCCAACAUUCAGCUACAGAAGGCGUUGCAGGCCCAAGCAAAUGCCGCACAGGGUUCAGCGUCGGCAUCCGCAUCCAAGGGUGCCAGUAAACUGGCUGCCGCAGGAAGCUCUUCUCGGACGGGGCGGAAGGACGGUGGGACCAGGGGAACAAAGCGCGGGCGAGAGGAGGCAGGUUGCCAUACAUUUUCUCCUCCCUAUUCUCAUAACAACUCCGCACAGGAUGAGCACAGCAAGAGGCCUGAAAUGAAGCUCACUGUGCCGGAAUCGCUCAAAGUACUACUAGUAGACGAUUGGGAGGCAGUUACAAAGAACAAUCAGCUUGUUGGCCUUCCUCGCAAGCCCAAUGUACUAGAUUUACUGCAAGAUUUCAAGACAUAUGUUAUUGCAGAGAAAGCAGCACAUCUCAAAGACCCACCGACAUUGCUUCCCACAAUUGUAGCGGGGUUACAGACUUACUUUGAUCGUGCGCUGGGGGCGAACCUUCUGUAUCGCUUUGAGCGGCCACAGUAUGCAGAAAUCCGUAAGAAGUAUGUAACUGGACCUACAGUUGUUGUAGGUCAAGAGAAAGAAAUGAGCGAAAUCUACGGGGCUGAACACCUUCUCCGUAUGUUGGUGAGUCUUCCACAGAUGGUAGCGAGCUCGAACAUGGAUUCCGAAUCGGUUGGGCUCGUAAAGGAAUAUGCGAACGAAUUGAUGGUGUUCAUGGCGAGGGAGCAGCAUCGAAUAUUCGUGCGGGAAUAUGAGUCUGCGAGCUUAGCGUACCAGAACGUCUCUCGAUCAUGA